AGAUGCUGUAAAGUUUGCAAAGCUUUACAUGGUUCAGUGUUUUUUAUUGGGUCAUCUUGGAACUACUUUGGUUGACGAUCGGUUCAUUCACUUGCUUGACUGCCCUGAUUAUGAUGAUUUUCCAUGGGGAAAAUAUUCAUUCCAGUUAUUUGUUCAGUCUACUAAGAACAAGCUGUGGACUAAACAUAAUGCAUCAAGUCAAUCUGCUUUCUAUCGUUUGUAUGGUUUUCCGCAUGCUAUUCAGUUUUGGUUUUAUGAAACAUUGGUUUCUGUGCCUGAGUAUUUGUGUACUUUGAGCAAUGCUGCUGUUUAUCCUCGAUUACUGCGUUGGAGUCCGAAGGAUAUUAAGAAAAUGCAGAACUUUGAUUUUCAGGUUUUUGAUGAUGGAACUGAAAAGGUCUCAGUGCUUUCAAAUAUUGUAGCAAAUGAGUUUGAGUCAAGUCAACUUAUUGUUACUGGACUAAAUUAUCAAGGUCAAGUUGUGAAGCGAGCAAGAACUUCUGCUUCUGAUUCUGAAGAUAAAAUAUUGAAAGUGGCAAGGUCUGCUUGUAUUAAAUUUGUCCAUGAAUUGAAAGCACUAAUUUUUGAUAACAAGGCUGAUUAUUCUGAUGUGGAGUGUGACGUUCGAAAGCGCAUUUGUGCUUCUGUGGUUAGUUUUGAAGAAAAUCAAUUGAGUGAUAUUUUUGAUGACAAAUCUGGAAAGGCUGAUACUGUAGAAGAACUGAUAUAUUCUUCUGACGGUGAUUCUGAGACUGUUAAUGAGAAUAACAGUGGCUCAUCGGAGGAAACUGUGAGUGAUGAUGAUGUGAGUCAUAAGGUUUUUAAGGAGAGUGCUGCGAUUUUAAAUAAUGAAAAUGUUGUACCUGUUUCUGAAUCAGUUGGAGGAAAGUUUGAUGCUGAGGUAAAUGUUGAGGAAGUGAAAUCCUUGUCCAAUGAUAAUCCUGAAAUUGAUGAUUGUGGUGUAGAAGAUGUGGCUGAAGAUGUGGGAGAAGCUGUGGCAGAAGUUGAUUCUAUUGCUGAUGAUUCAGAGAGGAAUUUUGAUGUGGAUGCUUUUUUUGAUAGCAAUCCUAGUCAGUGUACUGAUAAAUUUGAUGUAGUUAAGGAGGCUGAGUUACCUGACAUAACAGAAGAAAUUGAGGAUGCUGAUUUAGUUCAAAAAAGGGAUGUAAUUGGGGAUGCUGAGAAUGUAAAUGUAGCUGAUGAUAUUAAUCAGGCUGAGAAUUUUAAUUCUGUUGAGCCGUUGGAGCAGGUCGACAAUGUCAAUUUCGUUGAGCCGUUGGAGCAGGCUGAGAAUGUUACUGCUGUUGAGCUGAUGGUGCAGGAUAAGAAUAUUAACGAAGCUCUGGAUUCCGUUGCAACUGAGCAGUCUAUUAGUACUGAUGGUGUUCCAGACAAGGAACAAUUGAGUUUAAAAGAAAAGGAAUCUGACUUGGAGGUAUAAGCAUACAAGUUUGUUAAUUUUUUGCUCUCUUCCUUUUUUAUGAUAUUGUAAUGAUACUGUUCUUUUUUUUAUUUUUUGAGUUGUAUGGCUACUUGUAAGUUAAUUACAUGAUACUGUAAUGAUAAUGUAUUAUCUUUAUACUGUUAUGAUAAUGUAAUUUUAUUAUUUUUUAAUUGAUACUGU